AUGGUUAAAGGGGCAUGCACACGCAUACGAACGUAUGUAGACUCAAUCACAUCUAUCACAUCGGGUGUAAUAGCACAGCUUGAAGAGCGGAAACGAAAGCUUGACGACUAUUGGUCAGAAUACAAUAAUUUUCAAACACAGUUGGAAAUUCUCGACGAAAAUGAAUGCAAUGACAGAAUUAAUUUCGAGGAUGCAUUUUAUGCACUGUCAGCCAAAAUUCGCGAAUUGUUGACGCCGCCGUCAGCGUCUCGUCAACUCACUGCAGCCUCUCUAGCGCCGUCAACGUGGAACUUAUUAAAGAAUAAAUAUGACGACCAAAGAUUCAUAGUGCACAGCCACUUAAAGGCCAUAGUCGACCUUCCUGUCAUGAAUAAGAAGAACGCGUCCGAACUGCGGCAAAUUGCCGACGGUGCCGUUCGUCACAUUCAAUUCCUAAAGGCUCUCAAGCGUCCCACAGACAGUUGGGACGAUUUACUAAUUUAUUUGCUCAUUUCUAAACUUGAUACUAAUACAACUCGCGAAUGGCAAAGAUCUCUCGUAGGCGAUGAACUUCUUACUUUCAAGGCCUUUUUAGAUUUUUUAGUGCGCCAAUACAAGCUUUUAGAGUCAACUGAAGGUGCCAAGCACGUAACUACGCGACAUCAGUCAAACAAGCAGAAGGCAUCAUGUCACACAGCCAUAAAGGUGAAAUGCGACUACUGUCAAGGUGAUCAUUUAACUUACCAGUGCAAACAAUUCUUGGUCCUUUUAAUUCCUCAGCGAAUAGACAAGGCACGAUCUAAAAAAAUGUGUCUCAACUGUCUGUGCGUCGCCACGCACACUUCAAGUAAAUGCCCAUCAGGCCGCUGCUGA